AUGCGAUUGGCGGCUGGGGCUGCGUGGGCGCUGGAAUGGGGGCAAGACGCGUUGUUGCCUUGGCCCUGGCCAGCCGUGGGGACGGGGCAGCCGCUGGGUGAGUUGGAGUACCGGGACGCGCUCGCGGCGGAGGUGGUCCGCUUCCUGCACGACGCCAGCGCCGCCUGCCCGCCCGCCCUGGCAGCGCGUCCCGAGGAGAUCCCCGGGCCCCGCGUCGCGGGCGUCCCCGCGGCGCUGCUGCUGAAGGAAGCCGCCUACUCGGCAGCUGCAGUGGGCGCGUACGAGCUGCACGACUUUUUGGACUACUCGUCGUGGCUGCGGGGGGCGCUGCUGCAGGAGCUUGUCUCUCAAGCGCCCUCCGCUCGCCCGCUCCGCCGCGCCGCCGCGCGCGCCGUCGGCCAGUGGGUCGCGCGCCUUGAGCCCGCGGACCGCCCCGCGGCGUACGCGGCCGCGGCCUCCGCCGCGGCCGACCCUGACGCGUGCGUGCGGCUCGCGGCGGUGGCGGCGCUGCGGGCGCUGGUGGAUGACUUUGGGUUUGAUGUGGCGACGUUCAUGGGGUGCGCGGCGGGGGUGAUGGAGGCGCUGGCGGCCAUGCUGGUGGACUCGGAUGAGCUUGACACGCAGACACAGGUCUUCAGCCUGCUCAACCUCAUAAUUGAGCGGCUGGGCCCGGACGUGCGGCCCUUCUGUGACGGCAUCCUGCAGCUGCUGCCACGCGUGUGGCAGGCGGCCGAGGGGCAGAGCCUGCUGCGGAUACAGGUCCUGGCGGCGCUUCAGCUGCUGAUCAACGUGCUGGGCCCAGACUCCCCCGCGGCAUACCCCCUGCUGGUCCCGCUGCUGCAGCACUCACUCGACGCGGGCAGCAGCAGGGAGCCUGAACUCCUGGAAGACGGGCUGCUGCUGUGGCUGGUCGCGCUGCGCAACGCGCCCGCGCCGCACGCGCCGCUCAUCCAGCUGUUCCCGCUGCUGCUGCAGGCGAUGGCCUGCUCCACGGAGUACAUCCGCGCCGGCCUCCAGAUCGUCUCGAGCCUUGUCCUCCUCGGCGGCGCCCCCUUCCUGCAGCAGCACGGCCCCGCCCUCGCCGCCAUGCUCGCGGGCUACAUAGGCACCGUCAACGAGCGCGGCACCCUGCUGCUGCUGCCGCCGCUCGACCUGCUGCUCUCGCUGUUCCCAUCGGAGGCGCCCGCCCUCCUCGCGCCCGCGCUGCGCCGGCUCCUCGCUCUGCUGCUCGGCGGCGGCGAGCCGCCGGGCGUCGUCGCGAAUGGGCUCGGCGUCGUCGCGCGGCUGCUGCUGCAGAGCCCGGACGGCUUCAGGCAGCUGCUGUUCUCGGCUGCAGCAGACGCGGCGGGGAGCGACGGCGCCGCGCCGGCGGACGGGCUCGAGCGGCUCGUGGGUGCCCUGGCGGGUACGUGGGCGGAGCGGUUCGACUCAAUAGGCCUGCCGCUCGCGCGGAAGCUGUCGGCGCUCGCCCUGUGCGCGCUGCUGGCGCUGCCGACGAAGGCGCAGCUCGCGCACGCGGCGGCGAUCGUGGGCCACGUCACCGCGGUGUGGCACGAGGUGGAGGCGACGGGUGACGCCGAGGCGGACGGGCUGUACUGCAGCCCGCUGUACGACGCGCCGCGCGGCGACGACGGCGGGUGGGGCGGGGAGAGCCUCGCGCUGUCUGAGGAGGCGGCCGGCGAGGCGCAGCGGCGGGCGGCGAUGUCGGAAGCGGAGCCCCUGCGUCGACUCAGAAUCAGCGCCUUCCUGCGGGACCAGCUGGCCGCCGCGUCGGCCAUCCACGGCGCAGACCUGCAGGCAGCCGUGGCCGGGGCCGGUGAGGGCCUGGGGCAGCAGCUGCAGGCCGUGCUCACGGCGGCGGG